CGCCUUGGGGAGCUGGAGACGCUGUCCAGAACCUAGAGAAACAAAACCUUUUUUCCAGUGAUUCCUGAGAUCCCCUGUGUUUUCGUAGGCGUUUUUACACCCAGGCAGACGUGCUUCUUCUUGGUGAAAUUCUUCAUCAGGAAGCCCAAGCAGAAAGUAAAAGGCGCUCUCAGGCCAAUUUCCGGAGGACCGAGAUUGCGAAGAACAACCAGGAAGCGGCCGGCUGGGAGCUGUCCCCGGUUCUCCGCUCUGCUCUCCGGGGCGUCUCCCGGGGUCCCCGCGCCGCGUUCCACUCUCCCGCGUGACCCCCGCCCUGACCUAGGCUCCGACCCGGGCCGAUCGCUCCGGAGCCACCAUGUCGUCCGACUUCGAAGGCUACGAGCAGGACUUCGCGGUGCUCACUGCCGAGAUCACCAGCAAGAUUGCGAGGGUCCCCCGACUCCCGCCUGAUGAGAAGAAGCAGAUGGUUGCAAAUGUGGAGAAACAGCUUGAAGAAGCAAAAGAACUGCUUGAACAGAUGGAUCUGGAAGUCCGAGAGAUCCCUCCCCAAAGCCGAGGAAUGUACAGCAACAGGAUGAGAAGCUACAAGCAAGAAAUGGGAAAACUCGAGACAGAUUUUAAAAGGUCACGGAUCGCCUACAGUGACGAAGUACGGAAUGAGCUCCUGGGGGAGGAUGGGAAUUCCUCAGAGAACCAGAGGGCACAUCUGCUCGAUAACACAGAGAGGCUGGAAAGGUCAUCUCGGAGACUAGAGGCUGGAUACCAAAUAGCAGUGGAAACCGAGCAAAUUGGCCAAGAAAUGUUGGAAAAUCUCAGUCAUGACAGAGAAAAGAUACAGCGAGCACGUGAACGACUGCGGGAAACAGAUGCUAACUUGGGCAAAAGCUCCAGAGUUCUGACAGGGAUGUUGCGAAGAAUCAUCCAGAGCCGCAUCCUGCUCGUCAUCCUGGGCAUCAUCCUGGUCAUCACCAUCCUGACGGCGAUCACUUUUUCUGUCAGAAGACACUGAUGUAUCUUCCUUGAUAAACAGCAACCAUGGGUCGUUCUGAGUAAUUAAGACAAAAUGGUCAUAUGAAUCAUUCUUUUGCGCUGACAGGCCCUGAGUGACCCUCCCUCUCCCUUACCCCUGCUCAGCUGAAGUGCAAAGAGUGUACAAAUAUUUUCUAUUCCUGUUUGCAUGUGGGUCGGUUUCCUUUCCUAGGUUUGUCUUCACCCAGAUUUGUUUUCAUUGGGGCAGGCGAAUGUUUAUUUGCCUUUUUGGUGAUUUCAUCUAUGGACCAAAAUAGCCUUGGUGACAUUCUUCCUGGUCCUGUGGACAUGUCAGGGGUCAUGGUUUGGGAGGGGGCAAGAUGAGUCAGCCACGAGGGCUGCUGAGGGGCGGUGCUGUUUGUCACAUGGCUCUUAUCACUGAAUUGUCCUUCUGUGAUGUCUGAGGGUAAAAACGCAUUGAAAAGCAGGAGCCAGGGCCAGUAACUGGCCAUAGCAAUCCGACCUGCACCCACCCAGGUAUAAUGAAUAUAGUCAACCUGCCUAAGUGCUUUCAUUUUCAAAGUGGGCAUUUAAUGUCAGUUGUGCAGGAAACAGACGUAGCACUUUCCCUGUUAUUCUAGGCAUAAUUAUUUUUUUUUAACCCAAGAAUAUUUUUGCCUGAGCCUGCCCAAUAUCCACUUUUCACAACUUGGAUUACUGGCUACAAGAACAAUUUCCUUGCCUUCCAAAAAUUUCAUACAGCCCAGAAUUUGCUGGCAAAGUGAGCCCAGGCACCAUAUUUCAUUGUGACCUCUUCUCCCCUGACCUGUGUAAGCAUCUCUGUAUCCUUUCGGUUGUAAUAUUUUCAUGGCCAAAAGCAGCCCUCGUACAUGCAAAAGGUCUGACAAGGUUCUCUCCACAUCCAUUCCAGUAUGUAAAGACAACAUGAAUAUUUCAGGAAGAGCAAGAACAUGACUCCGUCAGUGUGAAAUUUCAAAUGUGACUAUAAAUAUGGUAGAGUCCUAGAGGAUAAUCCACUAGAAAUAAACUGUGGAAAAUGCCCACUAACCUCCUUUGAAAGAACAAGGGAUUGCCGCGUGUUACAAAAGGACAGCUUGGGUUUUCACUAAUAACUGUUAGCAAAGCCUUCCGGAAUUCACUGUGUAUUCAAACCUCUAACAUGCUUUGUGAUUUUCUUUGGUUUUUUUCUGUCCGAGGUAACCAGGAAUUGCGUUCAAAAUGAGUUCAUUUAUGAUCAGGCUUCAAGUUGCCCAAGCUGAGGUCAUCUUUCCCCUAGUCAUAAAGCAAAAUGUAUUUUUCUUAAGACUUCAUAGACACUUCCAGGGUUCAUACUCUCUUUUGAAUAUAAUUGGAUGCUUUGAAUCCUUGAAUAGCAAACCUGUUCCCUUCAUAAAAAAUGCUAACCACCUAUGCCCAUGGAUUGAGAUCACCUGGGUACAGCACUGGAUUUUUUUUUUUUCCUCCCCAACCCAGAAAGAGAACCAUUAUGAUUUAGACAGGAAACGCAGAGUGGUAAAAUCCACCCGAGAAAUCAUACUUACCGAAACAGGCCGGGGCCUGCAUAUGUGCAGAUAAAUCAUUUAGUAUUGCGUAAAUAAAGCUGCAGCCUUUACUUUACAGGAAUGGUGUGGGAUUUUGGCAGAGCCAAGUAGGACAUCGAAAGAAUAGGAAGGUGUGCUGAUUUUCCUAUCAGCUUCAGGGAUCUCUCCCCACAAACAUCCUUAAUUCUGAUAACGGAACUCUGAAUGUGCUAAACGGAAGAAACCAUUAAGAAGCAAGGAAACCACCUCCUCAUUUGAAACACUAAAGCUCGAGAAGGGUUUCCACCUCUCUGAUGGCUUCCUUCGAAACUGUUGGUUACUGAAGUAUAGAAGCAGCUACCCAGCUGCCCCCCUCACACCUCCAGACUCGUGCCAAGGACCCCUAGCCUUCCGGGUUGAGCUGAUCCUCCAAACUCGCUGGCCACAGUGUCCAUCACUAAGACCAUGACGUCAUGUAGAAGUAGAUGAAAUGAGGAGCAAGGAGCCCUUUCUCACUUCUUAAUGGCUUUGUCCUCCAGAUUCUAUCUCCUUAUCAGCUCUUGCCUGAGAUUUUACCCCAUUUCAGCCUCAGGAGUGGAGGAAGGUAAACAGAUGACCUUUGACCUGUUAGCUCCAUCCACCACCCCCCCAGGGACUCCUAAGCCUGGGGUCAGGAGCGCUUUGUGAGGAAGCUGCUCCAAAGCCCCCCCUAGACUCCCGCUUGGCCCUCCCGUUGCUGCUGGAGAAGCUCAAAGGAGCCCCAAGGGAGGCAAAUUGUCCCUCUUCUUCCCUGCUGCACCAGGAAAGGCAGAAAACCCACAGUUCCAACCAGGUCAAAAAUCUGGGAAAGCCUCUAGGAACUUAAUAUGUAGACUUCAAAUGAUUUUUGAUGACUAUUUCUCAAGUUGAGCCUUUGUUAAAAAUGAUAUUGGGGAGGUGGGGUACAGGGGCGGGAUAAAGGUGAAGACUCAGAGAAGGAAGAAACCCUGGCCGUAAAAAAAUCACACCGACCAGGUUUCCGGACAGAACAAAUAGAGCGAUGCGACCGUGCUCCAGAAUCCAAAGCAAUUUCAUUAAGGUCUCUUAAGUUGUAAAGAGUUUUAAACGUUCCACGUUGCAACCGAACGCCUGCAAGUGCAGCGAGCUUGACGUCAGCUGCCGGGCCUGGGCUGGGAGGCCAUUUGCUAUUCUGUUUAAGGCAGGCUGGAUUGUCUUAUUUUGGAACCAGCUUGGUGGGGGGUUUGCUUUGCUACUGCUUCUGAGCCCUGAGCUUCAAAGGCUGAAAUUAAUGGUGAACAAAAUUGUUCAGCUCUGGCCGUCCCAUGCGGGGCAAGCCCAUUGAGGGUUAUCAUUAAGUAAAGAAAUAAAGAGGGGGGGAAAAAGCCUGCCUGUUCCAAAAACCUCAUCAGAUAAUGACCUCAGUGAUUGGGUUUUCAUUACCAAACAGCAUCCAGAGAUUAUCU